CUUCGACCGUCGCGUAGUGAACGUGCAUGCCAAGCCUUCGAUAUUCGUUUCCGAUUCGCGCCUAACCAGUUGAGUCGAGGUUGAGUUGCGCAGCCGAGCGCGUCGAAUCCCAACGAACCGCCGGCGACGGUUAGGGCGCAGCGUAACGGCCGGACGAACUUAGCGCGCACCCCCCGUAAACCCGGGGGAAGGAUUUAUUCGUUACUUUCAUGGAUGCGUUUCGUCGGUGAAUUCGGCGAAUUGUUUGCGACAUGCGGUUGACGUGCUUUGCCCGUUGUCACCUAGUGAUCGUUGUGAUUGUUUCAGUGUCGCGAGUUGUGGCUGAGGAGAUCAGGAAGGAUACGAGGGAGACCGAAGAUGUUAGGCUGGAGUGCAGGUUCCAGCUGCAGUCCGUGCGGGACACGAUGACCUAUUAUUGGGUGAAGGAUAACAAGCUGGGGCACGAUAACGUCGCCAUCGGGAGCGUCCCGCUGGAUGCCAAUUAUAGGCUCAACUACAAGGUGGACAAGGGCAUAUACGACCUGUUGAUUUCUAACGCUAGUUACGACAGAGACAACGGCAGAUUCGAGUGCAAAGUCAAAGCCGGAGGAUCCGGUACGAAUCUGCACGUGCAAAAGUACGCUUUGACGGUACUUACGCUGCCCCAACAACCCGAAAUUUCGCCUAGCUCUUUCAUCACCGUCACCGAAGGGAAGAAACAGGAGAUAACGUGCUCGAGCAUCGGCGGAUCGCCGGACCCGGAAGUCAAAUGGUACAGAGAAGGUGGAACAUACCCUCUGCCGACGGCGUUGAGGCACGGCGGCUCCAAGGAUCAGCCCACCACCUCCACCCUCGUCAUCAACCCCACGAAAGACGACGACGAGGCGGUUUUCCGAUGCGAAGUCUGGAACAGGGCGCUUCCCACCGGCAGCAAAUUAGUCUCGAAGAUGGUGCUCAGCGUUAACUAUUUUCCACGUGUCCAAGUAGGGCCGGAAAAUCCCCUUCGAGUCGAAAAGGAUUCCCAAGCCACCCUUCGGUGCUCCGUCGACGCCAAGCCCAAAGUUACGACUAUACGAUGGACGAGAAACAACAGAUUCAUAAGUUCGGCGUUCAAUCACACGAUACAUCGCGUAAGCAUCCAGGACGCUGGAAAAUACACCUGCGAGGCGGACAACGAAUUAGGCAAAGCGGGUUCCAAAGAAUUGACUUUAGACGUACUGUACACGCCGAUGGUGACGAUUGGAUCCAAAACCAAAGAAGCGGAAGAGGGCGAGUUGAUCAUCAUCCCGUGCAACGUGAGCGCCAAUCCGCUACCAUCGAUAGUAGAAUGGGUGAAGGAAGGCAAACCCGAUUUCCGGCAAAACGGCGACACUCUAACCAUAGCGCAAGUUAAAGCCGAGCAUUCCGGCACUUACAUGUGCAGAGCCGUCAACGUGAUCACCCCCAGCGCCCCGCCGUUGCGCUCCUACGAGAAAAUCGGCAACGCUUCCAUCGCUCUGCUGGUGCGACAUCGUCCCGGCCGAGCCAGGAUCAUGCCGGACAAACCCAUCGCCACCGAAGGCUCCUCGGUCAGCCUGACCUGCACGACCUCCCCGCCCGGCUGGCCGGCUCCGCAAUUCCGCUGGUUUAAAAUAGGCGCCGACGGAGAGUCGACGAUCCUCGCCACCGGCCCUAAAUACACCAUACACAACGCCAAUCUGGCCACCGAAGGCGUCUUCAAUUGCCAGGCCACCAACGAGCUGGGCCCCAGCGAAGUGGCGUCGGCGGAUUUGGAGGUGUACGUUCCUCCCAGUUUCAAAAGCAAGCUGAAGCCGCUGGAGGUGAAGCGCGUGAGGGAGAGCAACUUCGUGAUAGCCUGCAGCGCCCGAAGUAAACCCAAGCCGAUGGUGAAGUGGCUGAAAGACGGAGAGGAACUCACGGCCGAUGUGAAUAUGUUCGAACUGAGGACGGAUUAUUUGGAAACCAGUAACCGAGCCGUGAGCGUUCAAAGCGUGCUGAAGUUCUCCGGAAAGGCCAGACCGAAGGGGAACCAAUUGGUUCCGUCAGAUAAAGGAGUGUACACUUGCGUGUUCGAGAACGAGGUGAAGAAAUCCGAAUCGACGAUGCAUUUGAAAAUAGAACACGAACCGAUCGUACUGCACCACUUCAACAAAGUAGCGUACGACGUCGGCGAGAGAGCAGAGGUCGUUUGUAAAGUCCAGGCCUUCCCCAAGCCCGAAUUCAAAUGGUUCUUCUCGUCGAACGUCAACCCCUUGCACUCCUCCACCGAAGGGCACUACGUCAUACGCACCAGCAACGAGGAGGACGUGUACACGAGCGUCCUCCGCAUAUCGAACAUGCGGAAGGUCGAUUACGGCGACUACACGUGCCACGUCGUCAACAGCAUCGGCACCACGGAGACGAAAAUCAAAUUGCAAUCGAAGGGACCGCCGGAGAAGCCCACCAAGGCGGUGGCCCUGCACCACGGCCACAACUUCGUCACCCUCGGCUGGGAGCCCGGCUUCAACGGCGGCAUCGCCAACACCAAGUAUUUCGUUUCGUACAGGAAAGUGGCCAGCGAAAGCGACACCGCCGUCGAAGGUUGCAGCAAUAACGCGCGGUCGGGCGACUGGAACGAAGUGGAUUGCCACCAAAGCGUGCCGUGCAACAUAUCUCACCUGGAACAAUACCAAAGCUAUCUGUUCAAGGUAAAAGCCGUCAACACGAAGGGGGUGAGCGAUAAUUCUCAAGAAAUUCGCGAUAGAACCACCGUAGCCGUGAUACCGGUGCCGCAAGGCGUGGAAUACGAUAAAAACGCCAACGUUGUGUCCAUAAACGUGCCGGCCACUUGCUUGCCUUUGAUAGCCGUCGUGGAAGCCGUCAGCAACGAACAUCAUUCUAUUACCGCUUGGCAGGUCAUAGAUACUAUAGAACUCCACGUGUCUGGAGUAGAAGCCACUUACAAAGACAAGGAUUUGCAUCAAGUAGGCUACGUGCAUUACAGGGGGAAAGCGUUAGUCGACGAGCCUAUUGGAGUAAACGACGAAGAAACGCCUAAAAUUAGGGUGAAAUUGUGCCUGCAAACGCACCCCGAACACUGCGGAGAAUUCAUUGAUGCGAUAUAUGGUAGUGGUUUCAUUAGAGAAGCAUCUGCGUUAGGAACACCAGCUAUAGUCGCUAUAAUCGUGACGUUCGUCAUAUUGGGACUUUUGAUAAGCUUCAUACUUGCGUUCUACAAGUGCAAGAAGACGCAAUCUAUCAAAUCGCGACAAGCCAAAGAAUACGAAAUGGAUUCCGAACCGACGAUUUUAUCGCAACAAAACCAAGGACCGCCGCCGUAUUCUCCCUCCACCGGCAUGGAUAAUAAAGCGCUAGAGCAUUCGUUAGACUUGGCUCUGGCGCUCGAAGAACAGAAAUCCGUAUACGCCACGCAAAACGGGUACGGAUACCACGUUGGAAACGUCGACAUUCAUUCUAGGCAGAUUAUAAACAACCCUGACUGGGCCAAUAUGGGCUACAUCGAGAACAGCUACUCCAAUUCGAACAACGGCGGCAGCGUGAAUUCGCAGGACUCCCUGUGGCAGAUGAAGAUGGCGGCGGCUUCGACGAAUUCGAACAAUCAACUGCAACAGCACCAGAUGAACGUGGACAGGCAGAACACCUAUGGAUACGAUCCGAUCACGCACGGGGGCUACGGAGCGGUCGACGAUUACGCCCCCUACCCGCACAUAACCACGCAAAGCAACCACGGCGACGAGUACAUGAGAAGCAGCAACAAUCCGUCCAGACAGGACUACUGCAGCGACCCGUACGCUUCGGUGCACAAACCAAAGAAGCGGAUUGAACAGCACAUAGAUUCUCCUUACCACGACGUCAGCGGCUUGCCGGAUCCGUAUUUGGAGCAAAUGGAGGAGGAGAAGCCGCCGCAGCACAUGUCUUUGAAUUACGAGGAGAGCUUGGAGAGCGGUUAUUCGACGCCGAAUUCGAGAACGAGGCGAGUAAUCCGAGAAAUAAUCGUGUAAACACGUCACGACUGGUGUUUUGCUGAUACCCACUUCACUUACCAGCAUGUUCCCCUUGAUUAUUUCGUCUUAUGUCAAAUGUUAUCUUCUUGAGUACCUGACGGACUUAUCGUCUAAGUGUUGCUGAGUUACCCUCCAUUUCACAGGUCUGUUUACACCUUUUCUCGCCCUCCCCCACACACGGAAAAUACAGUUAUUUACUGGAUUUCUGACGCAUACCUACUUGCUGGGUUCGAUGGAAUGCUUAUAUGUCAAAAAAAUAAUCAAUUUAAAUAAUAUAACUGGCUGUUCAAUGUUAUUAAUGUGCAAAAUAUUCACAAUAUUUACAGGGUAAUAAUUAAUGUGUUUAAAAAAGUAUAAAUCUUAGAUGUUACCUAAAAAGCCUGAAUGAACUCGAUAAAUGUUUCCCCUUGCCCUUGCUCUUUUUCUCAUCGAUAUUCAGCAUUUGCUGUCUUUCUAAAGAUCAUGUUUGAAUUUAGACAAAUAAUUUAAUAGUAUACUACUGAAAAAAGGUCUCAUUUAGCGGAUAUGCUAAAUGAAAUAUUGUCAUUUGAAUUGAUUCGUAAAUUUGUUCAUCCCAAUGAAGAUGACUAGUGGCAUAAUCACAUAUCAGAGUCGUGAUUCCUGUAAUAAUAUUGUUAUAUAAAUUAACGUCGAAAAUAUUCGGUUAAUGUUAUUUAUAUUUUAUAAAGUGUAUUUUUAUAUUUGUGUAUUAUAAAGUAUAUUAUUAAAUUAUGAAAAGGUGGCAAAUAAUACUAUAUAAAAGUAUAAUAUAUGUUGCUUGAUAUAAUGUGCAUAUUCACUCGAAUCGGUAACACACAACACUAUUCCAAUUUAGUUUGUAUUAAAUUACGGAUAAAUAAUAGGAUAUGGAAGGAAUUAUUAGCUAUUACUUAUCCUUAAUGAAAACAAUUCGUUUUAAGUCACUUAUUGCCAUUUUUUUAAUAUGAGGCUGAUAUAACGAAGAACAAUUUUAUAAUAAAAUGUGAUUUAAAUUGCAAUACGCGUUUCUUACGCUCUCUAUUAUUGUAAAUUGUUAAGAUAUAUUUGUUGUGUUAUUUUCGUCUAUAUUUUUCGCAUUCUUUUCGUUGUAAUUUCCGUGUGCUAUGUUUUUGUGUGCCGAAAGUACACACGUAUGUGCCAAAUGAAAAUAACACAAUUGAUUUUUCGAUUACAUAAGCUUAAUUUAUGUACUUAAUGUGUUGAAAAGAUAUGGAACUUUAUUAUCAUCUAUUUAUAUGAAAAUUAGAAAUCGAAUAAGUCAAAUCGGCUAUUUUUGAAAAGCGCAAGUAAUCCAAAGAAUGAUUAACAAAUUAUUUAAUCGUGUAUUAAUUUAAAUGUGUAUUAUAAUAAAUAUUUAAUUUGGAUAACAGCGGAUUUGACGAACAAAAACAAAUAACGAUUGACGUUAAUGAAUAACGUUUCGUUAUGAAUUAUAAAUGUGAUCUCAAAUAAAACUACUUAGAAAUUAGGUAUAUCUUUCAAAUUGCAACGAUUAAUCGAUAUAUAAUUUAAGUAAUUAUUUUUGUAAUUUAUUAUGUUGCAUUUGAAAGAUAUACGAUAUUUCUAGAAGACUAAAAUAAAACGUUAUAUAGAGAAUAUUUUAUAUGAUAUUAAAAGAGAGCGCAAAUAUUUUGUUUUUUUGUUAUUAAUUAGUUUUUUAAUUGUACAUGAUUUUUGUAUAUACAAAUCUGACAAGACUAUUUUCUUUGUAUUAUUAAGGUUUAGCUAUGAUAUUAAGAUAUACAGACUGUUCUAAUGUGAAAUUAAUGUAACGAAAGAGAUGUUUUAUUGAAUGUUCAGGAAUAGAUGUUCAUUCAAUGUUCAGAAUAGAGAGGGCCGAGCCGAAGGGCCGAUUUCGAUUUUAGGGUCCUUCAUGGCGUUUUUAUCUCUCUAUUUUCCUCUUUCAAAACAUAUAAACGUUGGAAUUUAAAUAUAUGGGAUAGGUAAGUUCAGUAAUAUAAGAUCAAAGCCACAAGAAACUUUACUCUUAUGUAGGUGAACUUAACUAUACAGAAUAGGGUGUCCCUGAAGUUCGUGCUUUAAAUUUAAGAUUUCAUAAAAUCAAGUAAAAAUAUUAGAUCAUUUUUUUAUGAUUAACUAACACUAUUUUUAUCUGAUCUUUUGAAUAAAAAAAUUUGAAACACAAACUUCUGCGACGCCUUGGAUAUUUUAUUUGUAAAUAUAUACUGUAAUGGAUGCACUUUCAUUUGUA